AUGUCCGAACCUAGCUUUACCACGGCUGAAGAUGGUAUUGAGCUAAUAUGGCGUAGUGUCGUUCAUGCGAAGGCCUCCGGUGCGUGGGGAGAAUUCGAAGUCACCAAUGACAUCUCCAAAUACACAUGUGCAAAAUUCCUGAAUACCGUCGGAAAAAAGACUCCGGUCCUCUGGCGGUUGAGUACAACUGCCGGCGAGCGUGGCGCUGCAGACACCGUUCGUGAUGUGCGAGGCUUUGCUGUCAAGUUCUUUACAGAGGAGGGAAACCACGACAUCGUUGGAAAUCAUAUUKUACAAUUCCCAUCCCUCAACCGAAGCCACAAGCGUGAUCCUGCAACUAACCGUCCAAAUUGGACUAUGUUUUGGGACUUUCAUGUCAACCAACCCGAAAGUGUCCACGCUUUGAUGCACGUCUUCGGCUCCCGUACCGUGCCAGACUCUAUCCGCCGCGUUACAGGUUUUGGCGUACAUACCUUCAAGCUCGUUGCAGCUGAUGGUAAAAUUCGCUACUGCAAAUUCCACUUCAAGCCUACCGCUGGAGUCACUUCUUGGUCGGCACAAGAUGCCGCUCGAAUGGCCGGUGUCAACCCUGACUUCCACGGUCAGGACCUCUGGGACGCCAUUGUUCGAGGAGAGUACCCUUGCUGGAAGCUCUACUUGCAGGUGAUGGAGCCUGAACAAGCCGAAAACUACGGCCGAGCUCUUUUUGACAUCACCAAAGUCUGGCCUCACAAGGACUUUCCGUUGAUUGAAGUCGGCAAAAUGACUUUGAAUAAAAAUCCUGAAAACUACUUUGCCGAGAUUGAACAAGCCGCCUUUACUCCCGCUAACAUGGUCCCGGGCGUUGCCAUGACACCGGAUCCCAUGUUGCAAGCGCGUAUGUUUGCCUAUGCCGAUGCCGCACGAUAUCGCCUCGGUGUAAACUACACUCAACUCCCACCCAACCGUGCUAUCUGUCCUGUGUUUGCCCCCUUUGAGCGUGAUGGCUAUGGAACCAUUACCCGUAAUUACGGUGGCGAGCCCAACUACGUACGCAGCACACUGGGCACCGGCCGGGUCAGUCAGAAGGCUGUUUACAAUUCGGCCGUCACCGAGCGUAUCGAGAGUCACGCUAUCUUGGCCCAGAAUGAGAUUCAUCUCGAUGACGAGGAUUACAUCCAGCCACGCGAGUUGUGGACUAGAGUCUUUGACGAUAAGGAGAGACGAUUGUGGAUUUCCAACGUUGCAGAGACGCUUGAGACUGUCCCUCCUCAGUUACGGGCUGCUGUCGCUGCAAUGUUCAGCAAUGUGGACGCUCGUAUUGGUCAAGCUUUAUCUGCGGAGGUCAAAAGUAGAGCUCAUAUUUGA